AUGCCUUCCUUCACUGUCUUCAAAGGCCAGAGCAGUAGUGUGGCUGUGAAGAGCACCACCACGAAGCCAGACCAGCUUAUCGGUGACAAUGUCUUGGUGAGAGUGACUGCAUCUGGGGUGUGUGGAACAGAUCUGCAUUAUCGAUGCGCCAACAUGGUCCUAGGCCACGAGGGAGUCGGCAUCGUUGAGGCCGUCGGACCCGACGCUCAGACCCUGAAAACAGGCGAUCGCGUCGGCUGGGGCUACGAAGUCGACAGCUGCGGCCACUGCAUCCAAUGUCUCCAGGGCGCCGAGCCCUUCUGUCCCCAGCGCACUCUCUACGGCCUCGCCAACCACGAUCAGGGAAGCUUUGCCUCGCACGCCAUCUGGCGCGAGGCCUUCCUGCACAAGAUCCCGGACGGACUCACCGAUGCCGAAGCCGCUCCUCUCCAAUGCGCAGGCGCGACUACCUUCGCUGCGCUCGAUAACAUCCACCCCGGAGACACCGUUGGUGUGCUUGGCGUCGGCGGCCUCGGCCACUUAGCCAUCCAGUUCGCGUCGAAGAUGGGCUGUCGUGUGGUCGUUCUGUCAAGCUCGGACAAGAAACGCGAGGAAGCGAUGAAACUCGGUGCGCAUGAGUUUGUCGUCAUGAAAGAUGCUGCUCCUCUACAGGUCUCUUCGCCCUUGAAUAGACUUCUCGUUACUGCCUCCACGCCGCCGAGAUGGGAUCUUAUCCUCCCGAUCAUGGCCCCUAGAUCAAUUGUCUACCCGCUGUCGGUUUCGAAGGGCAACUUUGAAGUCCCGUACAUGGCCCUGAUCCUCAAAGGGAUUGCCGUCAAGGGAUCUCUUGUUGCCUCGCGAAACCAGCACCGCAAGAUGCUUGAAUUCGCGGCAUUGCAUCAGGUAAAGCCAAUUUUGGAAGAGUUUCCUAUGAGCGAGGAGGGAAUUAACCAGGCGAUGGAUAAGUUGGCUAAAGGCGAAGUGUAUUAUCGGGCUGUUUUGGUCCCGGCUGAUGCCUGA